AUGUUCAGAAGAGUCGCAUCCACCGUUCCCGCUCAGGCCAGCAGAGCCAUGGCUGCCGCCGUCAGACCUUCGAUUGCUCCCUCAUUCCGCGCUGCCGCUCCCGCCAUCAACACCGCAAGAAGAAGCUACCACGAGAAAGAUAUGNUCCAUCCAUCAUCCAUCGCUCUCCCUACGCCGAUGCUAACAUGCGCAGCACUGCUCGACCACUACAGCAAGCCCAGAAAUGUUGGUAGCAUGCAGAAGAACGACACCGACGUCGGUACCGGUCUCGUCGGUGCCCCCGCUUGCGGCGAUGUCAUGAAGCUUCAGAUCCGUGUCGACCCCAAUGACAACACCAUCAGCGAGGUCAAGUUCAAGACUUUCGGCUGUGGUUCCGCCAUCGCCAGCAGCAGUUAUUUGACCGAGCUCGUCAAGGGCAUGACCCUCGAGCAGGCCGGUCGUAUUAAGAACACUGAGAUUGCAAAGGAGCUCUGCCUGCCCCCUGUCAAGCACGCCAUCAAGUCUGCCAUCUCAAACUACUACACCAAGAACCCCAACGCAAGAAAGACCGACCUCGGCGGCACCUCCGCACCUCUCCCCAAGGUCGAGGUUGAGACCGUUUCGGCCACCGCCUAA